GAGUAUUGAAAUCAUAAGUGGGAACACUAGAAGAAAUUAGGCGUGACAAAUAUUUUCCUGACAGAAAACAAAACAAUCUCAACACACUUGUGUGCGUAUAUAGAAGUGGAAUAUUUCUUUUCGUCAGUUAUCUUUUGAGUGGAAUAAUAAUUCAGUUUACAUUCGUGUAUUGACAAGCGAAUUGUUUGUGGAUUGUUGAAAAUACCUCCUGUGAAUAGAUAGAUAUAAUAUUGACACGGUACUAAACUUGCACUGAAUAAAAAAUAAACAAAUAAUGGAUAUAUUGGAACAACGUAAACAACGGAAAAAGGACGCUGAAAGAUUACGACGUAGACAGAUCAAUGAUCGUUUAAUUCGUCUUCGCGAUAUACUCAGAUUGGAGGAGGAUAUUAAACGGAUCUACAUAUUAAAGAGUGCAGUAGACAGAUUGAGGACAAUACAGUCAAAUGGUGCUUAUAAACCUGAAUAUACUUGUGAUACGUCAACAACCAUCGAUCAGCAACUCGAACAAAGAAUCCCGAUUGUUCGGCUUUAUCCUAAGGUUGAACAGGGGAAAAGCUUUAGAGCUACUGUGGAACAGUAUCGUCGACGUUUUGAGCGAGUUGAAUACGAUCGCAUACGUUCACUUCUCAGUUAUGAUGAAAAGGUAUCAGACGUUCAUUUACUGGAUAAGUUAAUUGAAACCAUAGAAGACAAAGAGAAUCAGAAUAGUAAUAAUAAUGAUUUCUGCAAAGACAAAAUAAUUACAUCAACACUAACACAAAAUACUGAAAGGAGGAGGCAAGGCUUAAAACUACUGGAUACAAAUCAACCAACCCAUUCCGUUCAAUAUUUCAAUGCAAAUAAUAAUAAUAAUAAUAAUAAUAAUAAUAGCGAUAAUAAUAUGAAUAGAGAAAUUAAUGAAUCACAACAACAACCAUGUAUCAAAUCAAUCGAACCACCUAGUAGACAUAAUGAAAAUGUUUCUAAUAUCAAGAAGUAUUGGCGACCAUGGGAAGAUAAUUAGUUAUAAUUAUUUGACAAGUCGACAACUAAUUAAUUCACUUCACACCACUUUCAACCAUCUCAGUCUAUCUGUGAUUUCAUUGUACUAACUAACGUCAUCUUUCUAUAAUUAAGACAAGAUAUUCGAUCGUUUGAAAGUUAUUGUAAAUA